AUGGAGAUCUGGGCGUUUGCCAAUCUGUACACUACUCCCCCUACAGUCGGUACCGUUCAGUUGCCCUCAAGCACGGUGACUGAGAUUCCUCAAAUAUGCACUUGUGCCAUGGAAGGGGACGUGUCAACCUCGACUGCAACUCAUACGACUGCAGGUCAUACGACUGCAACUCAUACAACUGCACUUCCCAACGGGGUGGAAUCCUCCCAUAGAUUCUGGAACACUACUAUCGACCACAAUACAUCGAGCAUCAGCACCGCGAUCAGUCUUGUUACAGCGACGUCUGGUGGUGAUGUUCAACCGUCGUGGACCUACCAUAGACCGACGGCGCACACGACCUCGGCGAUCUCCGUUAGCGCAACCAGUUCACAUGGCGCCGGCUGUGACCACCUUGCAGCCUGUUUCAUCUUCUUCCUCGGUGUAUACGUAUGGGACCGGCUUUGUUAG